AUGAGAUUGAGUUCCACGAAUAUGCAGGCUAGAAAGAUGCUAUUUGCUGCUAUUCUAUCUAUUUGUGCAUCAAGUUCGAAGAAGAUCUCAAUCUAUAAUGAAGAAAUGAUAGUAGCUCGUUGUUUUAUAGGCUUUAUCAUAUUCAGUCGGAAGAGUUUAGGUAAGACUUUCAAAGUGACUCUCGACGGGAGAAUCCAGGCUAUUCAGGAAGAAUCACAGCAAUUCCUCAAUCCUAACGAAGUAGUUCCUCCGGAAUCCAAUGAACAACAACGAUUACUUAGGAUCAGCUUGCGAAUUUGUGGCACCGUAGUAGAAUCAUUACCAAUGGCACGCAGUGCGCCUAAGUGCGAAAAGACAGUGCAAGCUUUGUUAUGCCGAAACCUAAAUGUUAAGUCAGCAACACUUCCAAAUGCCACUUCUUCCCGUCGCAUCCGUCUUCAGGACGAUCUAGUCACAGGUUUUCACUUCUCAGUGAGUGAAAGAUUUGUCCCCGGGUCUACGUUGAAAGCUUCUAUAGUAGAACUCAUUCGGGAGGGCUUGGUGGUCUUAAGAAGGGUUCGGGUGGGGGCUGAAUAA